AUGAGUCACUUCCGUUUUCCUUCACUUAGUUCAUUCUUCUCAUGCUCCCUGCUUUUCCGUCUCUCCCCCUCCCCUCCUCCCCCUCUCUCCCAUCCUCCCAGUGGCGCGCUGCAAGUGGACUUCGCGUGCUCCUCUGCCUCGUCCGGAGGGGGAGGGGGUGGCGGCACUGGUGGGGGCGCAGGGGGAGGCACUGGCGGAGGUGGGGGCGACUAUGGGGGUGACUACAACGGGGGGAACAACGGGGGUGAUUACAGUGGUGGUAAUGGUGGUGGUGACUAUAACGGGGGGAAUGGAGGGGACUACAAUGGUGAAGGAGACAAUAAUGGGGGGAGCGGGGGAGGCUAUGGGGGUGGCAGUGGCGGUGGGGGUAAUGGCUGCGGAGGUAGCAGUGGUGGGGGCGCAGGAGGCGGAGGAAGGGGAGGCGGUGGGGGGGACUGCAAGAGAGGGCCUGGGGGCGGACAGGGCGGACCUGGUGGCGGACAGGGGGGGCCUGGGGGCGGUCAGGGCGGACCUGGGGGCGGACGAGGCGGGCCAGGGGGCGGGCAAGGGGGAGCCGGUGGGAGACAGGGGGGAUUCGGGGGCGGGCAGGGCGGGCCUGGGGGCGGGCAGGGCGGACCUGGCGCUGGUGGAAGGCAGGGGGGAGCUGGGGGCGGCAAUGGUGGUGACUACAGCAAUGGGGGGAGCUACAUCGGCGGCAAUGGUGGAGGCAACAUAGGCGGACAAGGCGGUUUCUACAGAGCUUCAGGAGGGGGAGGAGGAGGGGGGGGCGCUGGUGGUGCUGCUGGUGAUGGGGGCUGUGGGGGAGGGCAAGGGCAAGGCGGGGGACCUGGGAAUGGGCAGGGCGGACCUGGGAGCGGGCAAGGGGGAGCUGGAGGCGGACAGGGCGGACAGGGCGGACCUGGGGGUGGUUAUGGUGGGGGAAGCAAUGGCGGUGACUAUGAGGUUGGUAAUGGUGGUGGUGACUAUAGCGGGGGGAAUGGAGGGGACUACAGCACUGGUGGUGACUACAGAGGGGGAAACACUGGACGAGGCUAUGAUGGCGGCAACAGUGGUGACUACAACGGGGGGAGCAAUGGCGGUGACUAUAACGGGGGCAGCAAUGGUGACUACAGUGGAGACUAUAAUGGAGGGAUGGGCGGCAGUCAGGGCGGCCUGUCGGGGGGUAUGAGUGGCGGGGGAGGCAUGGGCGGAGGAGGCAUGGGCGGGGGAGGCAUGGGCGGGGGAGGCAUGGGCGGGGGAGGCAUGGGCGGGGGAGGCAUGGGCGGAGGAGGCAUGGGCGGGGGAGGCAUGGGCGGGGGAGGCAUGGGCGGGGGAGGCAUGGGCGGGGGAGGCAUGGGCGGGGGAGGCAUGGGCGGGGGAGGCAUGGGCGGGGGAGGCAUGGGCGGUGGAGGCAUGGGCGGUGGAGGCAUGGGCGGUGGUGCUGCUGGUGGUGGCAUGGGAGGGCCAGGGGGAAUGGGAGGAGGCGGGGGCAUGGGAGGGCCAGGGGGAAUGGGAGGAGGCGGGGGCAUGGGAGGGGGCGGAGGAAUGGGAGGGGGCGGGGGAAUCGGAGGGGGCGGGGGAAUGGGAGGGCCUGGGGGUGGCAUGGGCGGAGGAGGAGGGAUGAUGGGAGGGGGAGGGAUGGGCGGAGGUGGAGGCAUGGGGGGAGGAGGCAUGGGGGGAGGAGGCAUGGGGGAAGGAGGCAUGGGGGAAGGAGGCAUGGGGGAAGGAGGCAUGGGGGAAGGAGGCAUGGGGGGAGGAGGCAUGGGGGGAGGAGGCAUGGGAGGGGGCAGGCCUUAG